AUGACGACCAUGGAUUUGCGUGUCGGUAAUAAGUACCGUAUUGGCCGGAAGAUCGGAAGUGGUAGUUUCGGUGACAUCUAUCUCGGCACCAACAUCAUCUCCGGCGAGGAGAUCGCCAUCAAGCUCGAGAGUGUCAAGGCCAAGCAUCCCCAACUCGAAUACGAAGCCCGUGUCUACAAGUCUCUUGCCGGUGGUGUUGGAAUUCCGUUCGUUCGCUGGUUCGGUACCGAAUGUGAUUACAAUGCCAUGGUCAUCGACCUCCUCGGUCCCAGUCUGGAGGAUCUCUUCAACUUCUGUAACCGCAAGUUCUCGCUCAAGACCGUGCUUCUCCUAGCCGAUCAGCUCAUCUCCCGCAUCGAAUACAUCCACGCCAAGUCCUUCAUUCACCGUGAUAUCAAGCCCGACAACUUCCUGAUGGGCAUCGGUAAGCGUGGAAACCAGGUCAACGUCAUUGACUUUGGUCUGGCCAAGAAGUACCGCGACCCCAAGACUCACUUCCACAUUCCCUACCGUGAGAACAAGAACCUCACAGGAACUGCUCGUUACGCCAGUAUCAACACUCACUUGGGUGUCGAGCAGUCUCGCCGUGAUGACAUGGAGUCCCUCGGAUAUGUCAUGCUUUACUUCUGCCGUGGCACCCUCCCCUGGCAGGGACUGAAGGCUGCCACCAAGAAGCAGAAGUACGACCGUAUCAUGGAGAAGAAGAUGACCACCCCCACCGAGGUUCUGUGCCGUGGCUUCCCUAACGAGUUCUCCAUCUACCUGAACUACACUCGUUCCCUGCGCUUCGACGACAAGCCGGACUACUCCUACCUUCGCAAGAUCUUCCGCGAUCUGUUCGUCCGCGAGUCCUUCCAGUAUGACUACGUCUUUGACUGGACCGUCUACAAGUACCAGAAGAACGCCGCCAUGAUCGUGGACGCCAGCAAGAAGGACAAGGAAGCCGAUGAGCAGCAGCGCCGGCCUGGCGUUGCUGCCGCGGCCCCCAUGGGUACUCCUGGUGCCGCUAAGCCUGGUGCGAUCUCCAGCCAGCGUCGCAAGGUCAUCGAACGUGGAACUCUUGACAACACGCCCGACACCAACCGUGCUGUGGGAGGGAGUGACAGGAUGCUGCGUUCUGCUUCUAAGGUUGCUGCUUCAGGUGCCUAUGGCCCUGCCGGUAGCCGCCCGAAGCGGGACGAUGGGUACGGAUCUCAGUGGUACUGA